GAAAAGAGUAAUCGAUUGCAGAAGUGGUCCGAAACAGCUAUAGAAGUGAAUGAUAUAAAAAAGUUGGAAAACCUCAACGACUUGGACCUCCAACUCUCCAACACUCAAGUUAUGCAUCAUUUGUCAUCAAUUCAAGCAAAUGAUUGCCAUCUGAAACACAGAAUCUUAAGAACUAAUCAACACUCAGAGUCCGAUGAGUUCUUUGAUUCGCAAAUCAAUAACCAAAUGAUUUACAACACAUCACAACUCCAACCACAGCAACAGAUUAUCACACAUUCCCAUCAGUUAAGGGCUAAUCCGCAACAGUAUCACAAUGGAUUGGCAGCACAUCCAGCACAUCCAGCACAUCCACAACAGCAGUACAACUCAAUGAACAAUAUGUUAGUUCAGGACAAGAUGUGGGAAGACAUCACUGCCAGCAUUUGCGAUGACUUCGUGUCCAUCAAAACAGAACCAACCAUUGAGCACAACCACAGAUACCAAACAAACCCCAAUACAAUCGAUUCCAAUCAUGUCAUGCAAUCAAAUGCCCAGCCUUUGCACCCGUCGUAUAUGAGACACUCGUCUAAUAUGCAGUCCUCCUCCCAGUCAUUGUACGGCAAUAUUAUGAACACUUCGUUCAAUAACAAUGUUAUGUCAACCAAUCUGUCCUCUAAUAUGUCAUCCGUCCAUCACUCCAACCGAGUGCUCCUCUACUUACCGCCCACUCCACCCAAUUCAGAGCCCGGAUCCCCUUCCACUCAACACCAGCAGCAGAGACAGCAGCAACAACAGCAACAUCCCCGUCCCCAUCACACACAUCCCACACCAGUCCCUAACCUACCGCACCGACGGACACCUCCGCCGCCGUACAACACGUGCGGCACCAAUACUAACGAACCACUCCAUCAUCAGAUGACUUCCCUGUCACCGGCCAUACAUCUGAACAGCACUCGGAUGUCUAGUUCUCAUUCGCAACAGAUCUCACACCAAUCGGGAGCCACCGCUCCCUCUGUUCCUCAGCCGAGAUAUAAUCGUCGAAAUAAUCCUGAGUUAGAGAAACGAAGAAUACAUCGAUGCGAUUAUCCCGGCUGUACUAAAGUCUACACAAAGAGUUCUCACCUGAAGGCCCACCAGCGCAUACAUACAGGUGAGAAGCCCUAUAAGUGCCAUUGGCCUGAAUGUCAGUGGCGUUUCGCCAGAUCUGAUGAACUUACACGACAUUACCGCAAACAUACCGGCGCUAAACCAUUCAAAUGCAAAGUCUGCGAAAGGAGUUUUGCCCGAUCGGACCAUUUGGCCCUUCAUAUGAAGAGACAUCUUCCAAAGCAACACAAAUAGUAUCCCUCUCUCGUCACCCCAUCCCAUGUCAUCCCAUUCCCAUUCCAUGGCUCGACCUGAAGACCAUCUGAACACAUGAAACGCUGAUUCAUAUGUGCCUUAUUUGGUGCACUUAUCCAUGAAUACAUGAUUGUAUGCCUUAAAGUAUUAUCGAAUACUGAAAUAA